AUGGAUAAGAGCAGAAGGAAGCACCAGGCUUUGGAUGGUAACGCUGGGAGGACCCCCACAAAGGCGAGUAGCUAUGCGGAAGAACGUCCGAACCAGCUCUCCUCUCUCUACCGAGGGCACGAGUUUGAAGAAGAGCUGCCCAGGACCAAGCGCAUGCUCCGAACAGCUGAGGAAAGCAAAGCCGUAGCCACUGCUACCCUUGACCAGCUGCACCACCAAGGCGAGCAAUUGGACAGAGCCGAGGCAGCGAUGGAGCGGAUGGAAGGUGAUCUGAACACCGCUGACUGGCUGCUCCGCGGGAUGCGGUCCUACACCGGCGCGCUGGUGAACUAUUUCGUCGCUCCACCACCACCACCCGAGCCUGCGGUGACGGAAUCAAAGCGAAGGCCUGUGCAAAGGAAGACGAGAAGCAGUAGCAUGAACAGGGGAGAUAUAGUCAUCGAAGAAGACGAGGAGUGGGUGUUGAUGGCGUCAGGCAAGCGUGUGAAUAGACAACCUGCCGCUGCUAUGCCAAAGACAGAGAAACCGACACCACAAGAUGAGUGGGAGAAGCGGAGAGAGGAGGACAAGGACCUCGACAAUGUCUACGAUGUCGUGAGUAAUUUGAAAGAGCUGAGCAUGGAAGCGGGGAAGGAAGUGCGUAAGCAGAACGAGCAGCUCGAUCGGCUCAAUGGUGGAAUGGACGAGCUCAAUGUCAAGAUCACCAAGACCAACAAAAGGGUCAAGAAGCAUCUCAAGGGUAGAUAG